AUGCUACUUCGUAUCAUUUUAACAGUUUCCGUGUGCGCUUUCAUAUACAAGUCCAUGAUCAUGAUGUGUCCUUGCUCCGCGGAUUCGCAGGAACAGUUGGGUGCCGCCCAAACCGCAGCAAUAACCAACGCCGCACAGUCUCUCCUGGCUCUACUAGACUCGACUCAGCACGCAAAAGCACUAUUACCUUAUGAGACACUAGAAAGCGCGGUACCUACUUACUUUCCCAUGCCUGGCCGUCCAAGCUUCAAUUUUGUUGGGGAGCAAUAUGGCCAGUCAGUGUGGUCCAAUUUUCCCGUCAGCGAUGUCCUUCGUCCAGGCUUGCGUCUUGGAGACCUCACUCCAAAACAGCAUGGUGCUGUCAUGGAGCUGCUACGGGCAACUCUGAGCGAUCGCGGAUAUCGCAAAGUCCAAGAAAUCAUGGGCUCAGACCAAGCAUUAGCCGAUGAGGGCGUCCCGUAUGCCGCUGGACGCGCCGUCUAUACAAUCGCAAUCUUUGGAGAACCAAGUCCUACGAACCUAUGGAUGAUCCAAUUCGGCGGCCACCAUCUUGCAUUGAACAUGGCAAUAUACCAGGCGCAAAGUGUUCUUUCUCCUGUCCUGACGGGCGCGAUGCCAGCCAACUAUAUGGAGGCAGGUGUCGCUAAGCGGGUGCUAGCGGACGAGAACGACAAGGCAUUUGCCCUUUUUGACUCAUUCGACAAUGACCAACGGGCAGAAGUAUCAAUCAACCACCCUGUCUCCGAUGUUGUGUAUGGGCCAGGCGAAGACGGCAAGAUCUUACCUGCAGUGGGCUUGAAAGCAUCCAUGCUAAACCAAACACAACAAGCCAUGCUGUUCGAGCUCAUCGCCGAAUGGGCUGGCAUUCUCAACGAUGUUCAUGCCGCUCCUCGCUUGCAAGAGAUCCGUACAGAUCUUCAAGAUACAUUUUUCGCGUGGAGCGGGCCUAGCACACAUGAGCCUGGCCGGAAUGGGGCAUCGUACUUUCGCAUACAGGGACCGAAUCUUCUCAUUGAAUUCUCACCCCAAUUUCCCGGCGGCGAUUUGACCAACCAUGUGCACACGAUAUAUCGAGAUCCACUGAGAUCAUAUGGUCGCACCUUGGCCAGAGAGUACGAAUUGCUAUGA